GGGCAAAUCAUGUAAAUAAAUUAUAUUUUUUAAUCAAGUUAUGCGAUGAUCGGAUUAGUUUACAAAUGUGUUAAGAACAGAAUUCACAUGUCGUAGGUCAUCAUGGUCAAUUAGUUAUUCUACCACUGACAAAGACAAGACAACCGAAAUAGAUUCUGGGUUUCUUAUUUAACAAAAAAUUUAUGGUUUCAUGUCAAACUUGCCUUUGACCAACACUGCCUUCGACAAACCAUGGGCCGAAUCCAAACCUUAUUACGUUUAAACGAGCCGAGCGACACAAUACACCUCAGCCACUCAGGCGUCAAACGUAUGGGCUUUUAGAGCAAAAAAGAAAAAAGGAAUAAAACGAAAAUAAAGAUUUGGAUCGCUCUCCUCUGAGAUCUUCGCUCCCUCCCUGCCAGCCUUCUGGCUCCAUGAGCUUCAGAAGAACCCCACCUUUUGCUCAUUCGGCUGCAAACUCUGUUUCCAAAAAUGCAUAUUCAGGUAACCUUUCAUCUUUACUUCAAGAAUCCAUUAAAAAAGCCCCACCUUUAAUCCCCCAAAAAACCCAACUUGAAUCUUUCCUCACUAUCAAUUGUAAAUCAUCCACCAUAAAUCUCGAUAAUGCAUCGCACUACUUCGAUUACAUGAUUCUUCUACAACCCAUUCCUCCAAUUUCUUCAUUCAAUCAAUUGCUUAAUUCUGUAUCCAAAAUUAAACACCAUAAAGUUGCAAUCUUCCUUUAUCGUAAGAUGAACGAAGCUCACGUUUCCCCUAAUUUAAUUACCCUAAACAUUGUUCUUAAUUGUUAUUGUGAUAUGCAUCAAGUAGAUUUUGCUUUUGGAAUUUUGGGCAUGAUUCUAAAAAGGGGUUUCACUCCUGAUAUUGUUACCUAUACAUCUUUGGUUAAAGGAUUGUUUAAAAGAAACAAGAUUAUUGAGGCUGUUAGACUAUUCAAGAAGUUCAUUAGGUUAGGUGUUAGGCCUCAUGUUAUGACUUAUGGGACUUUGAUUAAUGGGUUGUGUAGGAAUGGAAAAAUCGAGGCUGCAGUUAGAUUACACGAAGAUAUUAUGAGUGGGAAUAUUGGUUUAGGGUUUAUUUGUAAGCCCAAUAUAGUGUGUUAUAGCAUAUUGAUCACUAAUCUUUGUAAAGAUGGAUUCAUAAACAAGGCAAAAGAGCUUUUCUUGGAGAUGAAGAGUAGAAGAAUCUCCCCGGAUGUGGUUGUGUAUACUUCUUUGAUCAAUGGACUGGUUUAUUCGGAUAAUUUAGACGAGGCUAAAUAUUUGUUCAUUGAGAUGAUGAAUGAAGGGAUUUCUCCUAGUGUAAUGACGUUUAAUCUUUUAGUAAACGUGCUUUGCAAAGAAGGGAAGUCAAAUGAAGCAAGUGGGUUAUUUGAGUUGAUGGUUCAAAUAGGAGAACACGUUGAUUCUUUUUCAUAUAACAUAUUAAUGGAGGGGUAUUGUUGGGAAGGUAAGAUCGAUAAGGCCCGGGAGUUGUAUAUUUUGAUGGUGGAUAAAGGAAUCGAGCCUGAUGUUAGAACCCACAAUGUGCUUAUUAAUGGGUAUAUCAAAAUUAAUAGAACAGAGGAAGCUAUAAGGAUCUUUAGACAAAUGACUCGUAGUAGAAAAAUCAAGCCUACAAUUGUUACCUACAAUGCGUUAUUAACAGGUGUGCUUAAAAAAGGUGAUGUUUUGAAUGCACAGAAGCUGUUUGAUGAAAUGCUUCAUGAUCUCACACCAAGUUCUUGUACAUACAACAUCAUGUUAAACGGGCUUUGUAAGAAUGACUGUGUUUUGCAGGCUCUAGACUUGCUUGAAACCCUAGAAAACAAUGGGGUGGUUGUAUUGGAUAUCAAAGCAUAUAACUCUGUGAUUGAUGGAUUGUGUAAAGCAGGAAAAAUGGAGACUGCUUGGGAUGUAUACAUGAAACUGUCUUCUAAAGGCUUGGUUCCAACUGUUGUAACUUAUACUAUCUUGAUACAUGGGUUUUGUAAAACGGGUCAGUUAACAAAAGUGGAUGAUUUGUUUUUGGAGAUGCUGGAAAAGGGUUGUGUCCCAAAUGCUGUUACUUUUAAUGCAUUUAUGCGAAAAUUCUCUCGUUCUGAUAUGUCACCUAAAGUGAUUGAGUUGCUUAAGAAAAUGGUGGAGAAUAAAGUUGUCCCAGAUGCAUUCAUGGUCUCCUUAAUAUCAAAAGAUGAGAAAUUUGGAAAGGAUUUGGAUAUGCUUUUGAACACUUAGGGAUAAAAUCGUGAAUUAUGUAAGAAGAAAAGCAACCCUGUGAAGUUGAAACCGGGUUAUCAUCCAUAUCAAUCAGGCUCCACAUAUCCGAACAGUUGCAGGGGUCGGAGCAGUUUGAAUAUUUGGUCAAAGUGGAUAUAUAUAUCCAUGAGGCAUACAAGUGUUGCAUUAUGGAGAUUUAAUCCAAAAUAUAAGCUUAAGCUCGCUUUGAAGAAGACAAUGCAGUUUUACAUAUGAGAUUCACUUUUCCGACUCAAGUCAUAUGCUCUCAAGUCUCAACCAGGUUUUUGACCUUGGUGUUGUUGUAGCAGUUAAUCAUUAUUCUUUCAUUUUUUUUUUAUUCAUUUAAAGACAGAAAACCACAUACAUUUUAUCUGGUUAGAAUGUUUGAAUCGGUGAAAAAAUCUCAUAGUAUUGGUAUUGAGUGUGGACAAUAAUACUACAAUCCAUUCUUCGUAUUCAGGUAUAAUUUGGUUGUAUGUUCUGUUUUUUCUUUGACAUGUAAGUUGUAAAUGGGGCAUGUUAGAUCAAUGUGAUCAAAUAAGAAAUUGUUGCA